UUGGGUGUUCAUUCAUUUUCAACAGCCGGAAGUAGUCACAGGGAGAGAAUUUGAGAAGCAUAAGGAUAAUUCAUAUUUUCGUGUAUUGCAGCCUAGUGUUGUAUGCUAAACUAUUUUAAAUGUCAUAUGAAAUGUCUAAUUGUAUUGGAGCGUCUCUGUCAACAUAAGCUUGGUUUGGGAUGUCAGGGGAGGACAUUAAACUCACUGGCGGAUAAAGACUUCACACACCAUUCUUUGUUUUCCUGACCUUGGCUUACGGAUGUCCCUAACACUGACAGCCAUGAGCGACAGCGCAGUGACCAGUGGCGAGCAGCAGUGGUCGGGGCCCGGGCAGACGCCACGGCCUUCCCGGGGCCCUUAUAUUUCAGUCAUCACUAACAGAAGCACCAACCUGAUGAUCCGAGGGACCAUGCUUUUCUCUGUUGGAGUCUUCCUGGCCCUGGUGCUGAACUUACUUCAGGUGCAGAGAAACGUCACCCUCUUUCCCCCCGAUGUCAUCAGCAGUAUCUUCUCCUCCGCAUGGUGGGUGCCGCCCUGCUGUGGAACGGCCUCAGCGGUGAUCGGCCUGUUGUACCCCUGCAUCGACAGCCAUCUGGGUGAGCCACACAAGUUCAAGCGGGAGUGGUCCAGUGUGAUGCGCUGUGUGGCAGUGUUUGUGGGCAUCAACCACGCCAGUGCUAAAGUGGACUUUGCCAACAACGUCCAGCUGUCUCUGACUCUGGCAGCGCUGUCCAUUGGCCUGUGGUGGACAUUCGACCGCUCCCGCAGUGGUUUUGGCCUGGGAGUCAGCAUCGCCCUGCUGGCUACGCUGGCCACACAACUCCUGGUUUAUAAUGGAGUCUUUCAGUAUACUUCCCCAGAUUUCCUGUAUAUUCGCUCCUGGUUACCUUGCAUCUUCUUUGCAGGAGUGAUCACUAUGGGAAACAUAGGACGACAGCUAGCCUUGUAUGAAUACAAAUUCAUUCAGGAAAAGACCCAUCAGGACUGAGGGAUCUCAUCAAGCCUCUGCUCAAAAUGACAGUCUCUGCAGCAACCUGAAGCCAGAGGCAGGUUAUCGGAGAACAUCUCCUGCAGCAUAAGAUGAGCCAGUUAGACGUGUCAAACGAGACCUGAGCUUCUGAUUUGCUGCCCGGUGUGUCCCGCUCGACAUGACAGUAUUUUUGAUUGGCUCUCGUUGGGCCAUUCAGAGUUUGGGGUGGCCACUGGCUAUAUUCUAACCUGAGUUGAGAUGAACAAUGAGAGCGGAGUUUGUUGUGUUUUUUUCUGUGAUGCAGUUUAUCUCUACUUACCUGGGAAGGGAUUAGCAGCGAAGCAUCUAUCGUUCUUCAGAUCAGCUCCAAUGUUUGAAACCUUGGCUUUUGUUGUGCCAAACAGUCACACAGGAUCAGUUUUAUAGUCUGCUCUUAUCACCCGAGUCUUUCACAUCCUUCACGUACCAUUGGAGAACACAUAGUUAACUUGCAUCUUAAAAGAUAUGCAUCUGUAUGGCAGACUGUUUAUUAUAUGUAAUUAGCUUAUAUCUACAUUAAGUUUUCUUGAAAAAGGAAUGAUGUGUUCUGUACGCCUGUCUGCGCUGGCUGUGAGGACACACUGUUCAGCGUUCACCUGUGCUGGAUUUCUACCUGCCACACUUGCUCUGCUUUUUAAAUACCUUCUUCAUUUCAGGGAGCAACAUGUAUCCAAAUGUAUAUCUGUAGCCUUUUCAGUUUCCUGGUCCACGAAAAGGGCACAAAGCAGUGUUUGCUUUUCCCAAAACGGCAGCAAAACCACCUUUCCAGCUUCUUGUCUUCAUAGUGCUUGACUGAAACUUGAUGGUUAUUCUUUAUAAACCAUAGGUGUUGAAUACUUCUGUUGGUAUAGUCAAAUAAACUAUUUUGGGUGCAUGUGAAUAUAGUAUGAACGUUACUAUAUAACUUACUGUCAGCUUAAUAUUUACAGAUGUGAUGCAGACAUUAGCGUAGAACUAACACGGUAAACUGAUAGUUAUAGACCAUUUGCAUUAUGUUUGCACUGGGUUAUAAAGGAUACGAAAGGUGUUAUGAGUGUGAGGUAUAGUCAGUAUCCUGUCCCUGGACAUACUUUAGCACAGUGAUCUACAGUAAGACUCUUCUGUUCCGAGGUUGGGUAGUUCACUGUAGGAGCUGAAUGCAUGUACUGUUCCCUUGCCCACAAAGAAAAGCUACAUAUACAGUGUUUAACAGUGGUGACAAUCUGGAGUUCUCAGUAUGUGUUAGCUAGGUGUUAGCUGACAGAUUGAGAACCCUCCUGGUAGAAAAGAAGAAAACAUGCAGAAUAAAAACAGCAUUUGUGUAUCUGUAAGAGGAGUGACAGGAUCAUUAAAGGGACAUUUUUAUAACAAUUUGUGAUAAAACAAGUACAAUUAGAGCUGCACUAUUCAAACAGAAACUUUCAAACAGUGUUUUUGUAAUAUUCCAUGAUAUAAGUUAGAUGAUGGCAAACAUGAUGGAUACAUCUUUAUAAUGCAUUUUUAGGGGGUAGAAUAUUUUGUAUCACCAUUGCAGCGACUGUUGUUAAAUAAUGAUAUUGUAUCGUGGUUAAACACAGAUUAAUUGUUCCACUCAGUAAAGCAACAUCUGAAACCUGGACAUGUGCAAUGUGUUGGUGUAAUAAAGACAAUGGCCUUUUGGUAA